CGCUGCUGAAGAGGAAUGCAGGGAAUGAAUACGGAUUACUGCUUAAGAAGGGAUCCACACUGCCCCUGACGUCCAAGUCGAGGAAGUCCGAAGUUUACUUUUCGGCUGGGUAACUUGUUUGAUUCACAUAUUUCUUUCAGACCUCGACUACGGUAGGCCGACUCACGAUGUCCGGCGAUCAUCAUAAUGACAAGGAGGCCAUGAGUAUAUACUGUAUAACCCUCAACGGUCCAGCACCAUGGGGCUUCAGACUUCAGGGGGGGAAGGACUUCAGCAUGCCACUCACGGUGUCCAGGCUGACCCCCGGGGGUAAGGCCGCCCAGGCCGGUGUGGGCGUGGGAGAUUGGGUGGUGUCCAUCGGAGAGACCAACGCAGAAGACAUGACCCAUGUGGAGGCACAGAACAAGAUCAGAGCAGCAGAGGAGUCUCUCACACUCACCCUCAGCAAAGCUUUCCAUGCGGGUGGCGAUCAGAAGGAUUUGCUCGCCCCUGCCUCCGUUCAGCCCAAAUACUCCUUUGCCCCCAGCACCGCUAUCAACAAGAUGGCCCGGCCAUUCACGCCGGGCGGCGGUAACACAGUCAUGAAACCAGUGGCGUACGCCCCUAAAGUUAACGCCCCCGUCAGCAUGCUACAGCCACACAACGGAGAGGAUCAGCCUUUGUAUGACCACCAGAAUUACCAACACGAGAAGCACGGUCUGCGGGUGGAUGGCAUCCCCAUGUUCAUCCCCAACGACCGCAGCAAGAAGAGGCUGAUCGAGGACACUCAGGACUGGCAGCCCCGCACAGGCACGACCCAGUCCCGCUCCUUCCGCAUGCUGGCCCAGCUCACAGGCACCGACUACAUGCAGGACCCAGACGAUGAGACAAUGAAGAGGGCCAGCAUCAAGGCCUCUCGGUCACCUGCUAAGGCCCAGACCCAGGUAGCCGACAAACUUGACGCCUCUAAGUCUGCAGUCAACUCUGGUCCGAAGGUGCGCCCUCCAUGGGUGACUGACCCAGGUUUCGCUGACCGUUACGCCCCAGACAAGACCAGUACGGUUCUGACCCAGCACAGGCAGCCGGCCCAGCCUACGCCCAUGCAGAACCGCUCCUCUAUCCUACAGGCGGCUCAGCAGGCACCCGAGGACAGCGGAAGGACCCCUCUCUGUGGAGCCUGCAAAAAGAUCAUUCGGGGCCGGUACCUGGUGGCUCUGGGUCAGUCUUGGCACCCAGAAGAGUUCCAGUGUUCCCAGUGUAAGGUGAUGUUGGACGAGGGAGGAUUCUUUGAGGAGAAAGGCUCAGUCUUCUGCACCAAGUGUUAUGAUAACCGCUACGCUCCCAACUGUGCCAAAUGCAAGAAGAUUAUCAUAGGGGAUAUCAUGCAUGCUCUGAAGAUGACCUACCAUGUCCAGUGUUUCAUGUGUGCUGCGUGUAAGAGCCCCAUCAGAAACCAGGCCUUCUAUAUGGAGGAGGGAGAACCUUACUGUGAGAAAGAUUAUGAGAAGAUGUUUGGUACUAAGUGUCAUGGCUGUGACUUUAAGAUCGAUGCUGGGGACCGCUUCCUAGAGGCCUUGGGAUACAGUUGGCACGACACCUGCUUCGUCUGCGCUUUCUGCCAGAUCAACCUGGAAGGGAAGACGUUCUACUCUAAGAAGGAUAAGCCGCUGUGUAAAGGCCAUGCCUUUGCUCCCGUCUGAGAGGGAGGGGGGGGGGGGUAGAGGUGGUUCAGAGGGGACAGGAACCAUUCUCUGAACCCUGAAGACCUCCGCAUCGCACAGCUCCAGUCACUCUCCACUCCACUGCAAACCAGACAGCUUUUCAGAUCCUCACUAUCGCUCAACUAAAGAUGUGUUCACAUAUACCUCUAUCCCUGGACUUUUCAAAUGCAUCCUGUGCUGGCUCCCUCCCACGGGCUCCCUCCCACUGGCCCCCUCCCACUGGCCCCCUCCCACUGGCUCCCUCCCACGGGCUCCCUCCCACGGGCUCCCUCCCACGGGCUCCCUCCCACGGGCUCCCUCCCACGGGCUCCCUCCCACUGGCUCCCUCCCACGGGCUCCCUCCCACUGGCUCCCUCCCACUGGCUCCCUCCCACUGGCUCCCUCCCUCCCACUGGCUCCCUCCCACUGGCUCCCUCCCUCCCACGGGCUCCCUCCCACGGGCUCCCUCCCACGGGCUCCCUCCCAUUGGCUCCCUCCCAUUGGCUCCCUCCCACGGGCUCCCUCCCACGGGCUCCCUCCCACGGGCUCCCUCCCACGGGCUCCCUCCCACGGGCUCCCUCCCACUGGCUCCCUCCCACUGGCUCCCUCCCACUGGCUCCCUCCCACUGGCUCCCUCCCUCCCACUGGCUCCCUCCCUCCCACGGGCUCCCUCCCAUUGGCUCCCUCCCACUGGCUCCCUCCCAUUGGCUCCCUCCCAUUGGCUCCCUCCCACUGGCUCCCUCCCACUGGCUCCCUCCCACUGGCUCCCUCCCUCCCACUGGCUCCCUCCCACUGGCUCCCUCCCACUGGCUCCCUCCCACUGGCUCCCUCCCACGGGCCCCCUCCCACGGGCUCCCUCCCACGGGCUCCCUCCCACUGGCUCCCUCCCACUGUCUCCCUCCCACUGGCUCCCCUCCCACUGGCUCCCCUCCCACUGGCUCCCUCCCACUGGCUCCCUCCCACUGGCUCCCUCCCACUGGCUCCCUCCCACUGGCUCCCUCCCACGGGCUCCCUCCCACUGGCUCCCUCCCACUGGCUCCCUCUGCUGUCAGUCAUACUUUCUGGUCUCUCUACUUCCUGGUUCCUGGUCUAAGAUCUGAAGGAAUUUGAUGGCAACCUUUUUCCAACGAACUGCCUAGUUUCUCUACUGUUGUUCCUCAUAGCAGGUUACUCUAGUAUCAUGUGUAGUGUUAUUACAAACGGAGUCAUUUCAAGCCUUAGCUCAAUGCUGUAUAUCUCAUGUAUUGCAAGUGAACCACUGAAUAUGAAUAUAUAUAUAUAUGUAUGUGUCAUUCUCCCUCUGGGAUUGUGAUGCUAACCACUGUUGACAAGUCAUUCUUUACUGCAAUGUGUCUCGUCAGUUCAGCUGUUUGGGCAGCGGCUGUUGGUAAAAUAUCACUCUUAGCUCCAUUUCACUUUACCUGUCUGUUAAGUGUCUUCAAAGUUGAAACAACCAUUUUAGUGUGUCAUUUUCUAAGAUGUUACAUUUAACUAUCGCUCCACUACCGACUUCAUUUAAAGUCCCCUCUUAGUCUCUGGUUCAUUGAUGCCCCUCUAUACUCCAGUACUUAAGGUAAUAUAAGGGGCAACCUUACUCUAGUACUGUUGGUAAUGGGCAACCUUACUGCUGUACUGUUGGUAAUGGGCAACCUUACUGCUGUACUGUUGGUAAUGGGCAACCUUACUCUAGUACUGUUGGUAAUGGGCAACCUUACUGCUGUACUGUUGGUAAUGGGCAACCUUACUCCAGUGCUGUUGGUAAUGGGCAACCUUACUGCUGUACUGUUGGUAAUGGGCAACCUUACUCUAGUACUGUUGGUAAUGGGCAACCUUACUGCUGUACUGUUGGUAAUGGGCAACCUUACUGCUGUACUGUUGGUAAUGGGCAACCUUACUGCAGUACUGUUGGUAAUGGGCAACCUUACUCUAGUGCUGUUGGUAAUGGGCAACCUUACUCCAGUGCUGUUGGUAAUGGGCAACCUUACUCCAGUGCUGUUGGUAAUGGGCAACCUUACUCCAGUGCUGUUGGUAAUGGGCAACCUUACUCCAGUGCUGUUGGUAAUGGGCAACCUUACUCCAGUGCUGUUGGUAAUGGGCAACCUUACUCCAGUGCUGUUGGUAAUGGGCAACCUUACUCCAGUGCUGUUGGUAAUGGGCAACCUUACUCCAGUGCUGUUGGUAAUGGGCAACCUUACUGCAGUACUGUGGGUAAUGGGCAACCUUACUGCUGUACUGUUGGUAAGGGCAGCCUUACUGCUGUAAGGAAAUCAGUCAAUUGAAAAAAUUGAAUUGGGCCCUAAUCUAUGGAUUUCACAUGACUGGGCAGAGAUGCAGCCAUUUAAUUUUAAUUUUACCUUUAUUUAACCAGGCAAGUCAGUUAAGAACAAAUUCUUAUUUUCAAUGACGGCCUGGGAACAGUGGGUUAACUGCCAGUUCAGGGGCAGAACGACAGAUUUGUACCUUGUCAGCUCGGGGGUUUGAACUCGCAACCUUCCGGUUACUAGUCCAACGCUCACUAGGCUACCCUGUAGCCCCUGGGAUGGCAUAGGCCGUCAGCCAAUCAGAUUCAUUUAUUUUUUUACCACAAUAGGGUUUUAUCACGUCCGUCCCACACGGGAAGAAGCCGGAUGUGGAGGUCCUGGCAUGGUUGUGAGUCCGGUUGGACGUGCCGCCAAAUUCACAAAAAACGACGUUGGAGGCCAUCUUAUGGGGAAAUAAAGAUACAGUCCUCCGGCAACAGCUCUGGUGGACGUUCCUUCAGGCAGCAGGCCAUUUACACUGUCCCUCAAAACUUGAGACAUCUGUGGCAUUUUGUUGUGUGACAACUUCACAUUUUAGAGUGGCCUUUUAAUGUCUCCGGCACAAGGUGCACCUGUGUAAAAAAUAGAUCCCUAUUUCCUAUAUAGUGCACUACUUUAGACCAGAGCCCUAUUCCCUAUAUUGUGCACUACUUUAGACCAGAGCCCUAUUCCCUAUAUAGUGCACUACUUUAGACCAGAGCCCUAUUCCCUAUAUAGUGCACUACUUUAGACCAGAGCCCUAUUCCCUAUAUAGUGCACUACUUUAGACCAGAGCCCUAUUCCCUAUAUAGUGCACGACUUUAGACCAGAGCCCUAUUCCCUAUAUAGUGCACGACUUUAGACCAGAGCCCUAUUCCCUAUAUAGUGCACGACUUUAGACCAGAGCCCUAUUCCCUAUAUAGUGCACGACUUUAGACCAGAGCCCUAUUCCCUAUAUAGUGCACGACUUUAGACCAGAGCCCUAUUCCCUAUAUAGUGCACGACUUUAGACCAGAGCCCUAUUCCCUAUAUAGUGCACUACUUUAGACCAGAGCCCUAUUCCCUAUCUAGUGCACUACUUUAGACCUGGGCCCUAUUCCCUAUAUAGUGCACUACUUUAGACCAGGACCCUAUUCCCUAUAUAGUGCACUACUUUAGACCAGGACCCUAUUCCCUAUAUAGUGCACUACUUUAGACCAGGACCCUAUUCCCUAUAUAGUGCACUACUUUAGACCUGGGCCCUAUUCCCUAUAUAGUGCACUACUUUAGACCAGAGCCCUAUUCCCUAUAUAGUGCACUACUUUAGACCAGAGCCCUAUUCCCUAUGCCCCAUUUCCUUUAUAAAGUAGUGCACUAUAUAAAGGAAAUAGGGAGUACUUUAGGACAUAAGCCAUAUUGCACUGAUCACUAUAGAUACUGUAGAACACACCAUAUUGAUCCCAGAAUACUUCACUUCACGACAGCUAUAUUAGUAAUUCAUUCGUUUAAAUUAGAAUAGUACACCAUAAAAAGGAUUUAGUAUUUUGAAGCAUCAAUGUACUAUUUAUGGAAAUAAACUAUGGCUUGUUUACAGGGCUGGGGGUCAAAUCCAGUUUAAACUAUGGAAGUGAGAUCUCACAGAACAUUUCUAGAAUAUCGUUACAAUUCUUUGACUGUUGGAAUUGGAGUUGGAAUUGACCCUAGCUUUUUUUGUAUGGGAUUUGUAGUCAUUGUGUUGUCCUGGGAUUUGUAGUCAUUGUGUUGUCCUGGGAUUUGUAGUCAUUGUGUUGUCCUGGGAGUCAUUCUGUACAAGUGGCUUUAUGUAUUGAACCAAAUACUCUAUAAUCUAGGGCUCUAUUCAAUCCCAAUCUUUCAAAUUCAUCUUUACAACGAUAAUUAAAUUUAAAAGCAAUGUUCCAAACUGUUUUUUUGGCGGAGACUGCAUGGUAAAUGCUGUAUAUAUCGGCUCAAUAGCAAAUUACAUUUUUUUUUUAAUUGAAAUUUGUAACGCUUCAGCAACACCGAUUUGAAUAGAGCUCAAGUCUCACAAGAGGCCUGUAAAGUAGUUAUUUGUUAGGUGUGUUUGAAACCAAAUAAUUUAGUAAUGUACUGUAUUUGUUUGUUUGCAGAGGGCUGAGAUGGUUCUCGUCUGACAUGAACCCAUUCCUACAAUUGUACACGAUGUCAACCUAAUGGUCUGAUUCCCCCACUAACGUCAACUUCUGCUCCAAGAACAAUAGGAUUAUAAUUAUAGAAUAAAAAAAUAAAAAUUGUUGUUGUAUUAAAGUAUUGUAUACCAAGUGUCUUUUCAAGCUUUGCACACUGAGCUUUUACAAAAAAAUACUUAAAUUCGAACGAAAAACUGCUGUAUUCAUGUGUACACGCUAGAGAUGUUUUUAGAGGAAUAAUUGAUAUCCUUGAUAGAUGAGCUGUAUUGUGUAUUAGAACCAGUUAAUGAAUAAAUAAAUAAAAUGUCUGCAUACCA